AUGCUGCCAUGGUGCCACAGGCGGUACCAGGGCGCGUGGCAGAGUGGGUGCCUGUCUGACCAGACAGAGCCGCCGUGCAGACCAGAUGACGCUGGCUCUGCUGCCCAUUUGCAGUUUGAAGGCCGGAAGUACUGCGAGCACAACUUCCAGAUGCUGUUUGCUCCGUGCUAUGGCUCCUGUGGCGAGUCCAUCCUUGGCCGCGUCAUCAAGGCCAUGAACAACAGCUGGCACCCAGGCUGCUUCUGCUGCCGGCUGUGCGGAGCGGAGCUGGCCCACCUGGGCUUCGUGAAGAACACCGGCAAGCACCUGUCGCCCUGCCACAGCUGGGAGAAGGCCCAGGGCCUGGGCAAGCACGUCUGCCAGCCGUGCCACCUGGUCAGCGAGGAGCCGCCCCUCCUGUUCAGGAGUGACCCCUGCCAGCCCGACCACUUCAGCUGCACCCACUGCAGCCCCGUCACCGCCCCGGUCACCGCCCCGUCACAGCCCCCGCAGCACUCAGUGUGCGCCCAGUGCGCGAAGCAGUUCCUGGGCCACCAGCACUACGAGAGGAAGGGCCUGGCCUACUGCGCGCUCCACUACGGCCAGCUCUUCGGUGAUGUCUGCUACCGCUGCAGCCACGUGAUUGAGGGCAACGUGCUGUCAGCCCUCAACAAAGCCUGGUGUGCCAGCUGCUCCUGCUCCGCCUGCCACAGCAAGCUCACCCUCAAGUACGUGCUGUGGCCAGUGGGUGCCCUGGGCGGCCCCGACUCUCCUUAGGCCUCCCCUGGGCAC